GAAGUUGCACACUUUGAGAGAAUGUGUGAGGUUAGUUCUGCUCCCUGUCCCAGGGAAUGGGGCCAGGUCCCACCCUGGAGGGAGCCACCUCUGUCCCUGCCUUCCCAUUGCUGGGAGACAACUGAUCUUCAGGACCAGAGCCUCAGGCAGCCUCCAGCAACAAACCGAAAGCACCUCCCAGAGGCUGGUGAUAAACUCCGAGCUGGGAGGGAAACAAGGAAGUCGCAAAAAUUCCCUGAAAACUUGGCCACUUCGGAUUGAAGUUGGGGCUUUUAAAGGCGAGAAGGUUGUAUUUGUCCCUGAGGCAGGGUGGGUAAGAACUCCGAUUCCACAACAUCCAAUGGGAAAAUGGCGAAGACGGUUCACCUGAAGGUCGUCCUUCUAGGCGAUUCUGGGGUGGGGAAAUCGUCCCUCAUGAACCAAUAUGUGAAUAAGCGUUAUACCAAUCAGUACAAGGCCACUAUUGGAGCAGAUUUCCUCAGCCACUUCAUCAGCGUCGACGGUAAAAAUGUCUGCGUCCAGCUCUGGGACACAGCCGGCACCGAGCGUUUCCACUCACUGGGCUCAGUGCUGUACAGAGCCGCGGAUUGCUGCAUCCUGGUGUUCGACGUGACCUCAGGGGCUUCCUUCAAGGCGCUGGACAGUUGGCGGAAGGAGUUCCUGCUCCAGGCUGAUCCCAGGGACCCAGACAGCUUCCCGUUCCUCGUCAUCGGGAACAAGACUGACCUAAGGAGCAGCAGCAGCGAGGUCGUCUCAAAGCGGGCGGAGGAUUGGUGCAGUGCCCACCAUCUAAAGUACAUCGAGACCAGUGCCAAGGAAGCCCUGAAUGUGGAGGCGGCGUUCCGAGAUGGCGUAAGGCUCGCGUUGAAGCGGCUGAGAAGCGAGGACCAGACCUCAGACAAAUUUGACCAGAUUCAGUUGACGCCAGAUGAAGACAGAGGGCAGAGUACGUGUGCUUGCGGCUGAACCCAAGGCAGCUCUGCUUCCCGGACCUGUCUGCCUUCGCUGGCGUGUGGACUCAGCUGUGCUCCCUCGCCUCACCUCUGACUCCCCUCCUCCACCUCGGUCCUUCCUCCCUCGCAGGCGUGGCUUCAGUCUCCGGGCAGAACCCUAACGCUCGGCCCCCCCCUCCUCCGCUGACGGUAUGCCCCUGCGCUUCGGCCGUCCCAUUUUCAACCCAGUGCUUCACCUCCCGUCUUCGCCUGUUCACUGUCCCCUCACGGUAGUCGCUGGGAUCCGCUCAUUCAUUUCAAUAAUUGCUCGCUUAAAGACUAACUAGAAUGGAGAACACUAAAACAAUAACAGCUGUUAGGCCGGAGGUCCGCAGGCGAUAUUCUGGGGACCCAGGUUCGAACCCCACCUUGGCAGGUGGUUGGAAUGUGAAUUCAAUAAAAAGAAUCUGAAAUUAAA